CCCUGAAAUUUAAACACUUUAUUAGAUAUUUCUGAACAGUUUCAGAGCUAAUUGAAGAGAGGAAUUUGGAGACUUUGGAACAAGGAAAGCAUGGGUUCCAUAGCAAAGAAGGGGUUCCAGCAGUACUUGAUUCAGCUUCAGCGACAUCCUUUAAGAACUAAGGCACUUACAGCUGGGGUUUUAUCUGCAAUCAGUGAUAUAGCGUCUCAGAAGCUCACGGGGAUUCAGAAACUUCAAUUAAGGCGGCUUGCUCUCAAAGUGCUUUUUGGAGUUGCUUAUCUUGGACCAUUUGGGCAUUUCCUGCAUUUAAUACUGGAUAAGAUUUUCAAGGGGAAGAAAGAUAAUAAAACAGUAGCCAAGAAGGUACUAAUGGAACAAUUGACAUCUUCUCCUUGGAAUAACUUAUUUUUCAUGCUUUACUAUGGGCUGGUUGUAGAGGGAAGACCAUGGAUGCAGGUGAAAAGUAAAAUUAGGAAGGACUUUCCAACAGUUCAAUACACAGCAUGGACGUUCUGGCCUGUUCUGGGGUGGAUAAAUCACCAGUAUGUGCCACUCCAAUUCCGUGUCAUCUUCCAGAGCUUGGUUGGGUUUUGCUGGGGAAUAUUCCUAAAUUUACAAGCAAGAUCUGUGAAGUUACCAAAGGCCAAAUGAAGAGAACUAAUAUGUAGUCGGCCUAAAGAUAUAUUUCAUGCUCUCGAUGAUUUAGUCUUAGUUCACAGAUUUGAUCUCUGCAGCAAUCAUGAACUCUGAAUAAGUGAUGGAUCCCAUUUUGGUGUAUGCAGCAGUUUGCUGAAAAUGUGUGAUCCUGCCUCCUCUUGAACUCUGUUCAUUUGUAUCCAUUUAUAAUUUCAACUAUAUUCUUUCACAUCUAUAUGUGAUUAUGUAUUUUUUAACUAAACACCUGUGACAUGAAUUUGACUGAAUGCAAUUAAAGAGAUGCUGCAAAAGCUGUAUUUUGCUU